GCGGAUAUUAUCCGGGCUUGAUGAAUACGCCCGACAGGUAUCAAGGGGGAGUGCAGAUGUAACCAUUAGAGCCCGUCCCGGCGUCCAUACCUUUACGCCGGGCGAUCUGCUGCACAUCUCAAACAUCGGUGAAGAACAUCCACGUCCAACACAUCUCUCAAAUAACCUCAAAUAUCCAACGACCCAACAAGGAAGGAAAAAGCAAAGAAUACCCACACUGCCACAGAUUACCCGCAACUACCGUCAAUAAUAAUACCCACCCACUCUGCAAGACGUCCAAAAAAAUGCAAAGACGCGCAAAGCGACACAACCAAUCAAUGCCCUAUAUAGAUUGGAAUUCAUCCAACCCUCAUCGUUUUAGCGUGGUAUUUUCCCUUCUUUUAUUCCUUCUCUGGCACCUCAUACCAAUCUUCCACGUACUGGGCCUCAACGGGGCAACAUCGAAUCCACCCGGUCACGCGGAAGUAUCCAGUAGGUCUUCAACUUCAAUUGCAAACCCAGCUCCGAUGCAGCCACCCACUUCUCAACUUCAAUGGGGAAUAAGCCAGUCUCCCGGAAUGACUGCGACUAGGUGCGGUAUUAUUCAAAAGAUGCGGUUUAGGGGUGGAUUGAGAAUGCGACGGGGUUCUGUACUCUGUAGCACACGGGUCUGUAUCAAUGCCACAGUGAGAGCUUGGAUAUCCGACUCGACCUUCCUCUGUCGAAUUUAUGAGGAACUCCUUGUAAAUCGGAUGUUGUAGAAGUCGGUCAGUACGUAUUGAUAUGGAUAUGGAUUCCUGCAUGGAUGCGCGCAGAUCCGCAGUUCCUUCUCGUCUCCACGUACCAUAAUCGACCAUCUCUCUCCCUAGAGGCUGGCUGCAAGCCUGCAACUAACUCACGG